GCUCCGUACUAUUUUCCGCCACUUAGGCUGAUAGUGACUAGUGACUGAGCAGCAGUUUUUGCUCUCCCAUCUUUUCCAUUAUCUUAUCUAUAUCAUGUGAUUUUCCCGAUAUUGUCGACGAAACAAUGGCCACCGGCGUAGCACGUUUGAGAUCGCUGCUGACGGCACACGACUGCGGCGGCGGCCGCCGGUGUUGUUUUCCCGCCGCGCGCUUCUUCUCUUCAUACAGCUACACCUCUCAUCUCUUUGAUAAGAUUGGAUUUGUAGGACUGGGGAAUAUGGGUUCAAGAAUGGCUGAUAAUUUGAUAAAGGCUGGAUAUGAUGUUGCUGUUCACGACAUCAACCAUGAUGUUCGGAAGAGAUUUUCUGAAAAAGGAAUUCCUACAAAAGAAUCACCAAUUGAAGUCGCGGAAAGAAGUGAUGUUGUGAUUACAAUGUUGCCAUCUUCACGCCAUGUAAUUGAUGUCUAUACUGGAGCAAAUGGUUUGCUUGCUGGUGGAAGUCCAGUUAGACCAUGGUUAUUCAUAGACUCUUCUACAAUUGACCCUCAAACUUCAAGAAAAGUAUCUGCAGCUGUCUCUGAUUGCUUUUUGAAAGAGAAGUUAGGUACAUUUAUGAGAACUAAAAACAUACAAUGCAACAUGUUCCAUCUUUCUACACCUACACCUUAAGUACAUCUUUAAGAUUUUAAAAUACUGCUCCCCAUCUAUAUCCUUCAUGGUUGUUUGCUCUAACUUUUGGUUCAUGACUUUUUCAUAUCUACUACUGAUUUGUCCUCAUUACCUAAAGCUAACGCAUAAUUCUUGUCUCCAACUCUUUCUUUAUUCAGUAAUUCUUGUAAUAGGUUAUGCUGGAUCACACAUAAUGUAAUAAUCUACUUACAUGGAUCUUGGAAAUGAGAUCUGAUCAUAAAUAAAGGCAUAGACCUAUGAUGCCAUGGAAUGAGCUCAGGGUUUCAAUGCAUCUUGGGUAAAAAAAAAAGUAAUUAAUUUAUUGAAGCUUGAAAUCAUCAAGAUUCCACGGCCUCCUUGUGAUAAUACGAUCCCAUAUAUCGGUUGACAAUAGUGUAGGAGAUGGUCUGUUAUCCUUUUAUACUUGGUUGGGAUUACUCCUUGGUCCUAGCUUCCUUUAGAAUAGGCUUUGUUCUUCCAUUAAUCGAGCUAACUCCAUUCUGGCAUUCUUCUGCCUCCGAAAUUUUCAAGAUUUUUGUCUUCAAACCUAUGAUGCCAACAAUGUUCACCAAUUUUGAUUUGACUCCUCGGGUUAAAAUGCUAGUUUUGGUAAGAAAGGUGUCCAUAUCAUUUGAAAGUUAUAGCAAAGUACUUUUUUUGUUUAUAGACGGCCAACAGGCUCCUUCCAUGCUUGAUGCUCCCGUGUCUGGUGGUGUUGUUGCUGCAGAGACUGGAAGUCUUACUUUCAUGGUAUCUAUAUUUUUUCUUUUAAGUAAAUGAAGUUUUUUUUGAAAAGGUAGUAAUUGAAGUGAAAUGGUGCAGAAAAUUUUCUGUUGUGAAUACUGGUGUGUUUUAAAUGAAAAAGCUUUUCCUGAUAUGCAUUCCAAGUCAAUUAACACCUUUAUAAAGCAGAAAAAUUUUAUAAACCAGAAAAAUUGGUUCACUCUUCUUCUAAUUGAUUAAAUGAUGCUGGUUUAUAGCCAUUGUAUCUCAGCAUGAAAUCUAAUUUAAGUGGAGUGAAAUUAAAUUUCUUCAUGAACAAAGAAACUAUUCUCUGAAAACUACGGAAUACAAAGUCCCAAUGUUCAUAAGGUGCAUAUGAAAAAGUAUUGCAGCUCUUUAAACAUAUUCCUUGUUGUCGUGUUUACACAUACAAUCAAAUUAAGUUGUUGAAAAUGACUGGUUUGUUGCUAUAACAUCUCAUUUUCUGCUAACAGGGGUUUCCCUGUAGGCCUGCACCUCUCUCAUUUCUCAUAUAAGAAUGGGUUUGGUAUUAGAUGUCUGACCUAGUAAUGGUUGCCCCAUCUCAACUCAAGCGAGUUUUCAUAGUUUAUACGGAUUAGGAAAUAAUAUGAUGUUCAGGUUGGUGGCUCGGAAGAAGCUUACAUGGCUGCAAAACCCUUGUUUCUAUCAAUGGGGAAAAACACAAUUUAUUGUGGUGGACCUGGAAAUGGUUCGGUAUGUGCGUAUACUGUAUUCAACGUUGAUAUAUUAUUUACUACUCCUUCCGUUCGAAAAAGAACAUCUCAGUUCACUAUUUAAAAAUCACGAGAACUUUUGUUUAUUUGUGCGUUUUCAUUGAUUAUUUGACAAAUUAAAAUAUUCUUGUCACCUCUUGUUUUGUAGAACUU